GUUAACUUUUUUUUUUUUUUAGAGUGGGGAAGGGAUAGCUGGGAAAUAGAUAGAGGGUUCACAGACAAGCCGCAGAUUGGACAGAAAGAGCAGAGACGUCAAGUGCGAGCAGGCUGCGAGGCACCGGUGUUAAGUGCGCCUCGGCCGCGAUGGCCCCGGGACUCAAGAAAGUUGUUGAAGGGGACCGCCUCAGUCCGCUCGCCACAAAAAGGAACCUGGACAUGACCAGAAAGAUCUUCACAAACACCAGGGAGCGGUGGAGGCAGCAGAGUGUCAACAGCGCCUUCGCCAAGCUGAGGAAACUCAUCCCCACUCACCCUCCAGACAAGAAGCUGAGCAAAAAUGAAACGCUUCGCUUGGCAAUGAGGUAUAUCAACUUCUUGGUCAAGGUCCUGGGAGAGCAAAGCCUAGAGCAAGCAAGAGUAGCUGCUCAGGGAAACAUUCUGGGGCUCUUUCCCCAAGAGCCCCAUCUGCCUGACGUGGAUGAAAGACUUCUACUCAAUGACUAUGGAGUUGCUUCCCCUGGCCCCAGCCGUGAGGCUCCCUAGGGUGGCUGUGACGUCAGUCCCUGGGGCAGUACUAGUUGAAGAGGCCUGUGGUUGUGUGUGUGCUGUGGAGAGGUGUGACGCAGGAAGUGAUGGGAGCAGAAGCUAAGAGCCGCAAGGGGACUUGAGGGAUGUUGCUCUAGCCUCAUUACCCCAGGACUUCCGGCAGAAGAACUUGCUCCGUAAGUCCGCACGAGACGAUUGCAAAGCAGCAGAACAAACUGCUGCCUCGCUCAUGACUUCAGUAUUGAGGAUUUUCUUACACUGGAUCUCAGAGGAGUGACCGAUGCUCUGAAUAUAUUUAAAAGUUUGCUUUGAAGAAGGAGAUGUGUCUGAUUGAGGGUAGAUACAAGAAGUCUUAAGACUGGUGAAUGAAAAGGUAGCCACUGUGGAAAACCAACCCCAGAGAGGCAUGGGUCACCUCUGGAGGGAUGUCCCUUUGGAGCAGAGACGUGAGGAUUCUGUGGGUGGAAAGGCUCCAUGUCCUUCGACCUCUAUAGAGUCGUGAUAACCUACUUGGCUGCAUAGUAAGUUUGAGGUCAACCUGGAAUACACGAGAUCCAGCCUCAAAAGAGGAGGGGGCAGGGGAGGGAUAAAACGCAGAUUUAUAAUGUUGGCUUCAAUUUGAGUCUCUGAAACCAAAUAGUGGAUUCUAUUCAUUCGAGGAAAAACCCUGGUAAUUUAGGAGCUAGACUUCAUAGUUUUCUUAUUAAAAAUAGCUGAAAUGAGGGAGCAAAGCCCUUAGUUUGACACAUUGGGUACUAAAACUUUUAAUUCAGCCAAAUUCCUGCUGACUUAAGUCCUGCACAAGUCAAUAAUUAUGAAAAAUCCAAAUAUUGGCAUUUCACAUUUUGCUGCGAGCAGACAAUAGAAAUAAGGGACCAGAUUCUAAUGAACUAGUGCAUUGAAGGCCAGGGAGCAUUGGCUGGGUCUUAUGUUGGGGCAGGGUAGCAUCUGGCAAACCAGUGGAACAGUGUGGAUGCUCCAGUCUCACUCCACACCAUUCUGGUCCUCAUGGAACUUGAAUUCAAACAUGAAUCCAGCAGCUGAGCUGUCAAAUGCAGAUGUCUAUCUCUGGGAUAGUUAUAUUCCCUCAGAGUUCUUUUGGCUUUAUGAUCGUCUAAUCAUAGGUGGGGCAUCUAUGGAUUGUGGUUAAGAAUUUCCAGUGUCGGGCUGGAGAGAUGGCUCAGAGGUUAGGAGCAUUCCUACUCUUCCAAAGGUCCUGAGUUCAA